AUGAAGGCAGAGGGCGGCGGUCAAGUGCGGAAGGGGACACGGGUCGAUUGCCUCUUCGGAGACGAGUAUUUCAGAGGGAAGGUGGAUGAUACUGACGGCAGUGGCUCAAGCUAUCGAGUGAUAUUUGACGACGGUGACAUCCGAGAGGAUGCACCACCGGAGGACCUGGAGCUUCCGCUUGAGCAAGGAUGUCGAGUGGAGUGCAUGUUUGAGGGUGAGGACGGCUAUUUCGACGGAGUCAUCUCGAUAGAUAAUGGGGACGCAACCUACAAGGUGGACUUCGACGACGGUGAUGUGCUGGAUGCUGCGCCACGCCAUGACAUUCGCGUGCUUUCCUGGUCGCACGAGGAAUCGGCACCCAGCAAAGCUGUGACAGCGGAAGACAACAAUACCAACGUAGCAGAGCAAGAGGGCACGGGUUUCGACACCAGAUACAGCGAUCGCAGUCACAACGAGGCGGAAAGCGAAGGAAACCGUGAAGCGCAGAAAGAUGACGAAAAUAGUAAAGUUAUUAGUGCGGCCCAUGGAGAGCUUCCUCCUGUAGAAGAAACGCACGAUUCGCCCCGCCAACCGCAGCGGUUCUCGGAAGUCGACGGCAGCGAGGAUGGGUACGGCAGGGCGGGCGAUGAACCGGCCGGAACGAGCCAACAUGGAUCGUCACCGAGACACCUCGGGUCCAGCUCCGGAGAACCGCAGCGCAUCCAUGAUAGCUGGACGGGGCGGGAAUUGAGGGGGACACUGUCGAAUCGGAACGAGCCUACCACAGAGCUGGUGCAGGCAUCUUCGCUGUACGUGCCAACGUCACCUAACCCAUUGCACGCGCACCUGGAGGCAUUGGCGGCGGCCGCGCCGCGUCUUCUCGCGGAGGCUCCGCCGGAUUUUCGCCUCUCAGCCAUAUCGCACCGGAUCGCUGUUCUCGAGGAACAGCUGCGGCAGCAGGAAGCGAGAGGGGAAGCGUGGCACCUUCCGGUGUUUUCCGCUGAAACGCCGCUACACCCGGCGGACCCCUCCCUCCGCGGAAGGCUGGAACGGCAGGGGCGAUCUGACCCCGAACAGGCUACCGGGAGCGGUGGUGAAGGUAGCCCGAGAGCAACCACCGCGAGGGGAGGCGCCGCGGCACCGUCAUUUCCCGCCCACGCAGAGCUCCGCCAGGUGGCGGAAGACCUCUCGACUCUCCGCAUGAAACAGAUAGCUCUGGUGAGGCUAUGCUACGGGGACGCUUCGCUGGAGAUGGUCCAGGCAAUCGCAGACCUUGCCGACGGCUACGCGAAAGAAGACCUUUGGCCCCAGGUGUCGAACCAUAUGGCGAGGGCAGCGGACAUUCUUGCGCGUGACAAGGGCUCACGUGUCCCGGGCAACGGGUUUUUCAUUACCGCAACCCCUGGUGGCGGAACCUACGUGGACCCCCGUUUGCGUUUCAAGGGGCACUCAGGUUUGCGGGGGGAUGAACCGAGAGGAGGGUACCCUGAAGGGCAAAGGGCAAGAGGACUUGCGUUCCCGACGGAAAACAGGUACUCCGACCCGGCCUUGUGUCGCUCGUUAACCCAGGCGCGAUCUGCACGCCUGUUGCUGGAGUUGUUGAAGGGCCUCCGAUUGUCGGUGGUUGAAGGGGGUGAAAGGGGUCAGGUUGAGCGGGAAAAUUUCGAGGCUUUCCUCUCGACCCACAAGGACAAGGCACUGCGAUCUGCCCGUCACCGGCUGCUUCUAGAAGCCCAGAUGCCAAGCAACUGUGGGUGGGGCGCGGCCCUGGGUUGCUUACGGCGAAACUCGCCCUUGUUCGCCGACCUCAACCUCAAGAUCAUGGAAGGCGUGCAGCAGAAGCAGGCCGCAAAGGUUCGACUAGCGUUUCAGGCGGUAGACCCCGACGGCACAGGAUGUGCCGAGUCUGAGAUACUGGCCCUAAUGGUAGCGGACGACGAGGAGGAAACGGCCGUCGAAGGGAGAGUGGGAGUUGCGUGGCAACGGCUGCGCUCGCUGCUCCACGUCCGAGUCCAGACCCUCACUGGAAGGUGCGAAACUCACACCAAUCGGUUGGCGGCGGCGUCUAGAAACCUGUCAGAAGCACUGGCCGAGCUAGAAAGGUUGGGCCUGGGGGAAGCCUCUGGCAGCGUUCCGGUGCUCAACGCUCUCACGGACGCCCUUGCCCUUACGCACCGGCGACACCAAGAGAUGUCAUCGAUCAAGGCGAAGAAGCUCGCGGAAACGUGGAUUCAAGGGAAGGAGGGGCAAGAUCUGUGGAAGCAGGAGUGCAAACGGCUCGUGUUGGAGUGCCGGCGAAGGCUGGAGGUCGUUCCACGUGCAGAGAUUGAAGAGAGAACUUGGCAGGCACUGGUGGCGUAUCGCUCGAAGAUCCUAACGCGGGAGCUCGGGGGGAAAGGAAAGGAGCUCGACACUGCUGAAGACUAUCUCGUGCGGGUCUGGGAAAUUCUCGAGAGCCGGCACGGGAGAAACGACCCCGACGUGGGAGCAGCCUGUGUUUCGCUUGGAAGCCUUGCGGUCAUUCGCCGCAGGUUGAACGAGGCUAUCGACUGGUUCCGACGGGCCCUGGGAACCUUCGAGGCGCUGGAAGAAGCGACUGGGCUCAUGGAGAAGGCCGCUACGUUUUACUCUGAGCGGGUGACAACGGCCGCUGAAGAAGAUAGGAGUGCCUUCGUACGUCAAGCCACUGUGAGCAUUUGA